UGCAAUUUUUUUUAAUGAUACAUUUUGCUUCAGAAGCGUUUUCUUUUUGUAUGUAAAAACCCACUUGAGAACCAUGGGUGAUUUUUUUAAUUUUACAGCCAGAUUUAUCACUUCUGAAACUUUUUAGAUACCAAAGGAAUCAAGAAAAAACACAAAAAUAAUGCCUUACUGUUGAUGAAAUGCAGUGAGCAAACGCAAUAAUUGCCAAUAUUUUCAAUCUCGAUAUCUGGACGGCCAAUGUUCGCCAAGCACUUUAGCUGUUGUUGUCCCUUCAGCACUCGCUUCUCUCAACCAUAAUUUCUCCUCACUUUUGCAAUUCUGAAGUAGGAUAAAUGUCUCUCACGCUUACCCCGAUUUCCAUAAUUAUUUACAACGCAAAAAUUGACCAUUUCGGCGUGUUUUAACGUGCCAGCUACGCUGGAAGCAAUGGUCAGUGCUGACCUGCAGUUCAUCGCGUGUACUCCAGUUGGCGCAGUGUGGCAACAGCACGGGUCACGUGUCAUGACCCGACUGCCGUGCAACCUCCCUAUGAUGAUUAGUGCAAGAAAAAGUCCAGAUGCCCGAGUACUUCCCCAAAUACGUACUUCCCACCCGUGACCUGUGAUGUGGCAGCCAGGCUAUAUAAGUUUGUUCUUCUUUUAUUCACUUGUCAAAUCUCGGAUGGGGAAGUGUCUGAGAUUCCCGCAACUCGAUGAUAAUGGAGGAUUUUGUGAAUUUAACCCAGCAGUGCGCGCCCCAUGAAGAGAGCAGCUCAGCAUACAACUCGCCGAUCAUCAUUAUUACAUGCAUCCUCGGCUUCAUUGGCAACGCCAUUGCUUUGUGGAUCUUCUGCUUUCAUGUCAAGACCUGGAAACCGAACACGGUCUAUUCCCUGAACCUGGCGAUUGCGGAUACACUUUUAAUCUGCUGCCUCCCUUUCCGUGCCGGCUACUACAUACGCAAGAAGGACUGGAUCUUUGGAGAUGUGGCCUGUCGCCUGAACAUCUUCAUGAUCUCUUUAAACCGCAUUGGCAGCAUCAUCUUCCUGAUGGUGAUAGCCAUCGACCGCUACUUUAAGGUGGUCCAUCCCCAGCACAAGGCAAACAAGCUGACCCCGAGGUGUGCGGCCAAGAUAGCAGGAGCCCUGUGGGUCAUGGCGGUGGCAAUUUGCACGCACUUGUUGGUGGAGCGGCACGACUUCCAGCGAAACAACUCGACCUUUUGCGAGCCCUUCAACAUCGACCACCCUCUGAAUCCCACCGCAAUUUGGACCGACGCCGUGUUUAUUUUCUUCAAGUUCAUCUUGCCGGUCUCCGUUAUACUUUUCUCCACCUCGUGCAUCAUCUGGAGGUUAAGGCAGAUGGAGAGCGAUAUGAGAGGGAAAUAUAAACGUGCCACCAAGCUUGUGAUAGCAGUGGCAGCGGUUUUUAUAGUCUGUUUCCUGCCCACCAAUAUUGCUGUGGUCGCCGUUUUGAUCACUCGACUCAGAAGUUCGGUGGACUGCAAGUCCUAUGUCAUUGCAGUCAAUAUCUUUUAUAAUACUUUAUUCAUGACGUAUCUAAACAGCGUUAUCGACCCUGUUAUUUACUACUUUUCGAGUUCGGCGUUUAAAGGCGCGUUGAAGAAAGCUCUCGCCCCUUUCAACGUCAGUUUGUCCAAAUCAACCACCGAUCAAGAAAUGGACCCACGCGAGUCUAAAGCAGAACCCUCGAAAGAUCGACACCUCAGCUCUGAUAUACUUCUCUGAUCACCUGAGACCACCGUGUCAACUUUGUAAGAAAAUAAAAUCCCACUCUGCGUUUGGCAGGUGUGACAAUGAAAGCACAACUGAACCAUUAAACUGGAUUCUGCCGUCAGAGGGUCAAAGCGGACACUUCCAGAUUUAAGGACAAUUUCUUCCCAGCUGUUAUCAGGCAACUGAACGAUUCUAUAAACAACUAGAAAACGGUCCUGAUCUACUUUCUACAUCAGUGGAGACCCUCAGACUAUUUUUAAUGGGACUUUACUGGACUUUAUCUUGCUCUAAACGUUCUUCCCUUCAUCAUGUAUCUACCUGUACACUGUGAAUGGCUCCAUUGUAAAUAUGUAUAGUCCUUCCGCUGACUGGUUAGCAUGCAACAAAAGCUUUUCAUUGUAGCGUAUUGCACGUGACAAUAAACUAAACUAAACUAAACUAACUAACUAUGUGUAGCAACAAACUGCAGGUGCUGGUUUAUACCGAAGAUAGGCAUGUCGUGCUGGAGUAACUCAGCGGGUCGGGCAGCUUCUGUGGAGAAAAGGGAUAGGUGACGUUUCAUGUGGGGAGCCUUCUUCUUACUAGAUAUUGUCAUUAAAUGCUAACCUGUAAAUAAGUACAAAAAAAUCAUGUACAUUUUAAUCCUUUUGUUAACAGGUUGAUUGAUCUUAAGUUCUGAAAUAUAUUAUCAUUUACAAUGUCACACUUUGGUGUUGUGGUGUUCUAUUUAAAUUCUUUGAAGGGGGUUGUUCCGGAGGAGGUAGAAAUGACACUGAGACAUGAUGUUUAAAGUUCCUUCUUCCUCAGAGAUGGGUAAGAGAGAAGAAGCAGUAUGAACAUUGACUUCUCAAAUUUCUGGAAGCCCUUAUUGUCUCCUCCCCUUCUCAACUCUCCAUCAGCCCUCUGGCUCCUCCUCUUCCUUGCCUCUUCCCCCCUGCGAAAUGAAAUGGGCUGACGUGUAGUACGCUACGGAGCGCAUCGUGGGCAUUUUUUUGCGUCCAUUCCAGUAACCGGAACCUAUCCGACCCGACUCGCGAGGAACAGUUUGUGUGUGAUAUAGGGUUAGAUUCAUAAUUCUGUUAGUUCAUAAUUCUGUUAAUUCUUGUUAAAGAAUAUAAUUUGACUCUGGUAAUUUUCUUUUUUAAUGUUUUUUAAAUCAUUUCUUUUUAAAUGGCUCAUAAGCUGUGUUUGAAUUGAUUUUGUAGUAACCGGAACCUACCCGACCGACCCGACUCCCAGCGUAAUCAACGUUGCGGGGGAACAGUUUGUGUGUGUGAUAUAGGGUUAGUUCAUAAUUAUGUUCCUUCAUAAUUCUAUUAAUUCUUGUUAAAGAAUUGUUAAAUAAAAUGUUUAUAAAAUUUGACUGGUAAUUUUUGAUGUUUUUUAAAUCAUUUGUUUUUAAAUGGCUCAUAUGCUGUGUUUGAGUUGAUUUUGUAUUACACUUGCAAUCUGUAAUUCAUUCAUCUAAUCACACUGUUCACAACUGCAGUAUUUGGGAAAAUAAUAGCAAUAUGAAGAUUCCAGUUGCUCUAGUCCUGGAAUGUUACUUAAUGUUUUUGUGUCUAUGGAGUUGUUUCUAAACAAUAAAAUGGGUCUGGUCUUCCCUAUAGAGGGGUUGCACGUAAGGUCACUGGGUCAUAGGGCCAGGAAACCAGAAGCAAAAGUUACUCCAGGGAGUUACUCCAGCUCCAGGGAGCGAUUCUGCGUUGGUUUUCAGCGGUCACGGCGAGGCGGCGACUGGAUAGCAAUGGUGGCCAGAUCUCCCACAAAUCAAAGCGAGGGAGCAAGUGCCCAGCGCCGAACAGUUGCUGCGGCAGUGCGCAUGCGCAGGGCAGCCGAUGAUGUGCUGGCCGUGGUUGUGCACAUGUGC